AAAUGUUUGGAGAACAAUGUUCAUACAAAAAAGGAGUUGGUGGAAUGAUAGAUGAUAUUCCAUUCAUUUUUCAGAACUGCUCUCAAUAUUUUGUGGAUGGGGACGAAAUUUAUGCAACGUGUGACAUCGAUAAGGAGACGGAUCCGUGUUAUUUGUUAAAGGAACUCCAUCGAUCAGACACGUUUAGCACUUAUUUUCUUGCCAUCAUACCGAUGGUUUUGUCAAUUAUCACAUUUAUUAUAAAUCUAGGAUACUUGAUAGCUCAAAUCAAAUGUUUUAGAUAUGAAACUAUGGGUUUCAAAAAAAGAGAGGCAUUCCUAAUGAGUCGAUCAUCAUCAAAUAUCUUUGCCAUUGUAUUAUUUUAUGUUAUACUUAUUGUUUGGAAAGUUAACGGAUUUAAUUAUGUUUCAGCAAUGAUUUUUAUUAUUAUCGGAGGUAGCACGUUUAUGUCAAUUACUGGUAUCUAUAUAGUUCUGACAGUAAUUUUAUAUAUGGCCGUAGCCCAUCACAUUUCCUAUAUGACUACGAUAACUCUUACACAUUGCUGGCUAAUUAUUGGAUUAAUUUGGAUAAUAUCAACUGUUACAUCUGUUUUUGUUGGAAUGUGGGGAGCAACACUUUUCUAUCCAGACUCUGCUCCUUUUACCUGCUCAUUUGAAUCUUGUCAGCAGCCGCUUGCAAUUGUGAUAGUGAUUAUGUUAUCGAUAUGUUAUGGUACAGUAAUCGGUUUAUAUAUUGCAAUGAUGGCAAGAAUUCAUCAAUUAGUUCGAAAGUCUUCUAUGGUUCAAGCUAGAUGCAAUUCAAAUAGUAUGAUUGCGAUGCGUCGAUUGAGUAUGAAUAUGAUAACUUUUGCCAUUGGAACUAUUCCUAUUCUUAUUGUUUGUAUAGUUGCACUUGUAAAUCUGAAAGAGCUUUCAUCAUUAGGAGAAGGAUGUAAAAGUCCCUGUAAAACAUUUCGUCUAAGUUAUCUCCUUAUUGACGUUGAAAUGAUGGCAAGUAUAUCAGCGAUUGUUUGGCUUAUCGCUAUGAUUGCUGAUCCUGUCAUUAAUAUAUUAUCGGACAAAAAGCUGCGAGGCGUUUUCAUCAAACAAUUUUCAAAAUUUCCAUCGAUUUUUAGGAAAUCUAAAGAAAGAACCACAUCAAUCACAGAAGUUUCAGAGGACCACUCUGAAGUCGAAAAGUUGUGAAUAUUUAAUCAGUUUUACACAAUAAAAAAUCUACCUCCUGUA